GCAUCCAGCACUGUUGUGGAUGAGCGGGAUAAAUGCUGCUCUGCCUUUCAUACACUAGAAUACAACUUCGCAGUCUCCAAUUAAUAUAUUUAUUAGCCGCUUCGAGUGCGUCCAAUAACUUCAAAGCCCGUUAGGUUAGGUUUACUGUUUGUUAUUAUUUUUAAUUUUUUCUUCCCCUCUGCAUGUGGAGCGACUAAAGGGACGCGCCGACAGCAACCUGCCAACUCCAGUUUGAGAGAUUUGGCAGGUUGUGAGAGUAGUAGGCUCUCCCUGCAGCAGCUAGGCUAACUUGCAGGCAAAAAUAACGGCGUUCGCGGUGAAGCUCGGAGUACUGCUCAUCACAACGGGGAGUCACUUCGCCUGCGGGGAGCAACGAUGACCGGGAGAAACUGAGGUACAGCAGCCCAAGAGUUGUGACUCUGCUCUGAUAAAUGUCAGCCUGCUCUGAUAUUUGUAUGGGUCUAUCUCCACAGCCAAAGAUCUUCCCUGGCAGACUGAACAAACGAGUUGACUCCAACAGAGCUACGCCUCUCUUCAGUCUACUUGUGGUCUGACGGCACUCGCCAACAUCAAAGCUCUCUGUUCCUCUUCCCGUUUCAUCCCUCUGCUUCUGUUUUGAGAGAGGGAUGUCUCUUUUCUAACACCUCUCAGCCUGCUUAUCUACUAGAUCUGUAAAACCGCAACCGACACUGAACAUGGAGGAUUAUGAUGUUCGCUCAGCCGCCAGCAUCCUGGCCUCAGUGAAAGAGCAGGAGGCACGUUUCGAGCAGCUGACCCGCGCCCUUGAGGAGGAGCGUCGCAACGUCAACCUACAGCUAGAGCGUGCCAAUCUGCCUCCCAACCCCCCCACCAGCCAACCGCUACCAUGGCAGCAAGUGGUGAUGCAGGAGCAGAGCCCCAGUAACGCCACAUCCCUGGCCAUGAUGCAGGAGCCGCAGGAGGUGGUGGAGGAGACGGUCACCAUUGAGGAAGACCCCGGCACCCCCACCUCCCACGUCUCAGUGGUCACCUCUGAUGAUGGAACCACACGGCGCACAGAAACCAAGGGUAUAUCAGCUAACGUGAAGGUGACUAAGAUGGUGAAGACGGUGACCACUCGGACAGUGCGUCAGGUGCCCCUGGGCCCCGAUGGCUUGCCGCUGCCUGAAGGCACGUCCCCGCUGGGCAGCUACACCGAUUCCAUCGACCGGCGAUACCUGAAGAAUGGAAGUGACCGCUUCAUAACGCCUCAAGCAACCUCAACCCUGACGCGCUCCUACAACAACUCCUACAACGAUUCAUACGGAGAGACACCGGAGAGCCAAUACAUUCGCCAUUAUGGUCUUCACGAUGGCUACGCCGAUUUGACGGAUAACUACGGCAGUCUUUCUCGUGGUGUCAACUUCCGGCCGCCGCGGUACCCAUACAUGCCUAAUAGCUACCGGCCAGAGAAUAGCUACACCCUGCCUAUCAGAAAGGAUGAUUAUGGCCAUGUGGCGCAGCCCCAGGUGCCUAUGGGCAGCAGCACUGUGGAUCUGAACCGCUCACAACCAGAACGCUUCCAGCCUGAGCCGUACGGUCUGGAGGAUGAUCGCCGCAGCUUGGGCCCCGAAGAAGAAGAGCCAUAUGAGCUGGAGCCUGAUUACUCCACUGCCAACCGACGCACCCUGCCAGGGGCCAACCGUGGGCGCACCCACCGGGAACCGCUGCGUGAUGGGCCCCGAGUCAGAGGGUACCCAGAUGACCCCAUUGAGGCUGAGCUGAUCGAUGAGCGCCACCCUUACAUCCAUGGGAUGUAUUCAGCACCACUGGCUCAGCCAGAGAGGGGUAGCAUGGCCAGUCUGGACCGCAUGGGUGGUCGUCGCUCACCUUCCAUCGACAGCAUCCGCAAGGACCCACGCUGGCGGGAUCCAGAUCUCCCUGAGGUCAUUGCCAUGCUAGGCCACCCGAUCGACCCAGUCAAGUCCAACGCCGCUGCCUACCUGCAGCACUUGUGCUACGAAAACGACAAGAUUAAGAAAGAUGUGCGUCAGCUGAAGGGAAUUCCAGUUCUGGUGGGUCUUCUGGAUCACCCCAAGUCUGAAGUCCAUCGUAAGGCUUGUGGUGCCCUGCGCAACAUCUCCUAUGGCAAGGACAAUGACAACAAGGUGGCCAUCAAGAACUGUGAUGGCAUCCCGGCCCUUAUCCGCCUUCUGAGGAAGACCAACGACAUGGAAGUUCGAGAACUCAUCACAGGAACCCUGUGGAAUCUGUCAUCCUAUGAACCCCUGAAGAUGGUGAUCAUCAACCACGGCCUGCAAACCCUGACCAACGAGGUGAUAAUCCCCCACUCGGGUUGGGAGCAUGAGCCCAACGAGGACUCAAAGCCGCGUGAUGCAGAGUGGACCACCGUGUUCAAAAACACCUCCGGCUGUCUCAGAAAUGUGAGCUCAGACGGGGCAGAGGCUCGGCGCAGACUGAGGGAAUGUGAGGGAUUGGUGGACGCUCUGCUGCACGCUCUUCAGUCAGCUGUAGGGAAGAAGGACAUGGACAACAAGUCUGUGGAGAAUUGUGUUUGUAUUAUGAGGAAUCUGUCCUAUCAUGUACACAAAGAGGUGCCGGGGGCCGAAAAGUACCAGGACCCGUCGGUGCUACAAGCUCCUGGUUCAGCGGGACCACAAAGGAAGAAGAAAGAUGAUGCUGGCUGCUUCGGAGGCAAGAAGGCCAAAGAGGAAUGGUUUAAUCAAGGCAGAAAAAACGGUGAGAAUGACAAAAGCUACGACACGUUGGAUCUGCCUAAGCGCACAGAGCCGUCAAAAGGCUUUGAGCUGCUGUAUCAGCCAGAGGUGGUGAGGCUCUACCUCUCUCUGCUGACGGAGAGCCAGAACUAUAACACCCUAGAGGCAGCUGCUGGGGCUCUGCAAAACCUCAGCGCUGGACAGUGGACUUGGUCCAACUACAUCCGAGCCACAGUGCGGAAGGAGAAAGGUCUUCCCAUCCUGGUGGAGCUGCUGCGCUCUGACUCUGACAAGGUGGUCCGAGCUGUGGCCAUCGCUCUGCGCAACCUGUCCAUUGAUCGCCGCAACAAGGAUCUAAUCGGAAGUUAUGCCAUGCGGGACUUGGUGAGCAACCUGCCCAGCGGUCAGCAGCGACCAGCCAAGAACCUGGAGGAGGACACUGUGGUGGCCAUCCUCAAUACCAUUCACGAGAUCGUCACCGACAGCUCUGAAAACGCACGCUCACUCAUCCAGGCCCAGGCCAUCGAGAAACUGGUCGCCAUCAAUAGGACCAGCCAAUCAGCACGUGAAACGAAGGCAGCUUCCCAUGUGCUGCAGACAGUGUGGAGUUAUAAGGAGCUGAGGAACGCGUUGACCAAGGACGGGUGGAACAAAAGCCACUUCCAGCCCACUGUGACGGCCACUCCUAAAGCAACCAAGAACGGCAAGCCGGGCUACGAUGACACCACUCUGCCGCUGAUGGAGAAGAACCAAGGCACCAGGAAAUGUGGCAGUGGUGAUAUGAUACCUAUGGAUGAGCUGGGCCCAGAUGGUUACUCUACCAUUGACCAGAGGGACAAAGACUGCAAAUACAAGACCGGCGACGGCUCGGUGGACCUGACAGAACGGGAACCAUUAAAGAAUGACACAAAUAGGAAACACUAUAUCAGGAGUAACAGGCCUGCAGUCAGUCUGGUGGACGCUUGUGAUGUUAAGCCCCAGCCUGUUGACUCCUGGGUCUAAAUGCAUGCAUGGCUUAAAAUAGCAACUGUGUGACGCCAAGCUAGAAGAGGAUCUCCCAUAUCACCACUGCCAUUUCACAUGGAACUCAUCUUGGAGUUGGACUUUGUACAGAAAAAGGGGAUUUCACAAAAAAAUAACGAUCACAACGGCAACUACCCAGCAGCAGCCAGCAUUCAGUCAUGCUUUUCAAAGAAAAUUUAAAAAAGAAAAGAAAAAGAGACUACUCCUACUACUUUGUCAUAUCAACAUUCCCACUGGACAUCAUGUGAAUUUUACAGUUCUGACUCUUGCUGAGCGCAACCAGUGACAAAAAACAGAGCGAGGCCGAUGCCGGCGAAACAAUGGAUAUGUGAUGGGGAAAGUGAAGUAAGCAAAGAAAGGAGAAAUGGGAUGUGUGUUGGAGAGAAACCUGAUGGAGGAAUAAAAUAUUCUUUUAUUUUAGCCUGCAUCAAAUUUUGUAGGUUGUGGAGAGUAUCAGACUCUGGUAUUUUGAUGUGAUGGGUUGGAACAGAUGUGUUUGAAGGUCACCGAAUGUUCAUUUGAUGGGAUGGAAAAGGAAAGAAAGCGAGCCUGAGAAGAACUGUAGCAUAGUGGCAAAACGUGUACUCCCAGCAGAACCCACCAUGAACUUAAAAUCCAUUUGGGUUCACUGUGUUUUUGAAGAAAAAAAAGUUAUAUAAAGUUAUUUCAAAGCCUUGCUUUGAUAUCAAAUGUGUCAAACUGGUGAUUGAUUUCCAUUUUUAUAAAGUCUGAGGAGUUUGCAAGUUCUAGUCUGGAGGAAGGCAAGUGACAUAGUGAGUACAUGGGAUGAUGUUUCUGUUUGCACUGCAUCACAAAAGUAAGAGAAAAUGGAAACAAAAGCAACAAAGACUUCUGUUUAACUGUGGUCGACACAAAUGAGCCAGGCGGUGUGCCGACGUUUCUUCACAGAGCCGUGAUUACGUGUGUAACCACCAGGUUUGCGUAGUGAUGCAGUUUCAUGGUUUCCCAGCUGGUUGCUGUAUGUCAAUGAUGUGUAUUAAAGAGGAUAUAAGAGAUUUUGUUUAUAAAUGAUUUGUGCUUUUGAAAAGACAGGCAUAAGUUCUUUUUUGUUGGAAAGAUAGAUCCAAAAAGGAUUUGGGUUUUUUUUUUUUUUGUUGGGUUUUAUAUAAAUGUAUAUUAGGCUCAAAAGGAACAAAAAAAAAGGAAAGAAAAACGAAGAAGAAAAUGACAUUUACUGACUUCUUAGUUGUAUAUUAAUAUCACAUUGUUUGGAAAGCACAUCUCAUUUGAUAGAAGUUCAUCAUGUUUGUAAGCAAGAAAUAACCACGUAACUUAAAUGUGUGUCAGUUAUCGUUACACAGCCGAUCACCUAUUUAUAUUUUGUGUUUAAAAAAAAAAUGUUACAGGAAAAACAACAUUUAUCUGCAGUUUUCUUUAUGAAAGCGAUGCAUCUGUGUUUGACUUCAUCUCUCUGGAGGGGUCAGAGGUCACACAGCUUGACAAGAGGUGGCAGUGUUAAUGAAAGUCGCGUUUCUUUCCCCCAAGCAAGUACCAUCAACUCUCCGACACCAGUGCAUCUUAAAGAGAAAUAUUCAGUCGUGAGCAUGAAGAAAAAUCUGUACAGAUGUUUAUAUUCUAUUCUAUCCAAGUGCCAGGUUUUGUUUUGUUUUUUUUAAAUUUUGUCUUUUUUUUUUUUUUGGUGAUGUCAUUCGGAUAUUAACUAAGUCCUUCAUGUGCAGGAAGAGUGUGCAGGUGGAUGAUUAGGUGGGGUUAGAGGCAAAACAACAACAAAAGAAGGUUGCAUCCCACUGUACAAAUUCAAACAUCAAGUUUGACCAUAUAGUAUAUAUUUUUACAGCGUUACAGGGUGGGCAGCUGAGAUGCAAGAAAAGGGCCGUGGAAGAGAAUCCAAUCGGAGGUUGUAUCACUCAUGGGUCAUCAAGGCGAAUGGCAUGUGCCUGCGUUAAAGUCUGAUUUUUCUUUGUGACGUAUGUGACUCUAUGAAGCUUGCAUAUUUUACACAGUGUUUACAAAGAUGUACGUUGUGGUAAAAAUCAAUGAACUACAAAACAAACAACUUAUUGUAUAAAUUUUAUUUUCACAAGUUAAAAAAGAAAACAUUAUAAUACCCAGCAUCCCUUUCGUGUGUGUGUGUCCUCAGACGUGUGUGCUGUCAUUAGACCCACAUGACUGUCUGUUCCUAACUGCACUACGCAGUACCACAACCAAAGGAUCUGGAGUUGUAUUUACACAAAUUUAAAAAAAAAACAGGGGGUUUUGGUUUUGUGGAUGUGCUGCCCUUAUGUACAUUUACAAAAAAAACAUGAACAUGGACACACACACACACAUUAAAUCAAACAGGCCUACCUGUGUAGAUAUAUCUGAAUCAAGACCGUCAAAAUAAAGUAACUGUACUACUCAGUAGCAGAUGUGUUUGUACCUAUCAUGUGCCUUAACCUUUUCCAUGGUAGAUAAAGAUAAGUGUUUUAUAUAAACUCUAUUCCUCCCCUUCAGCUGUCAUCUCUCCAUUCCCUCUGUUCACCUUCUCCUCCCCCCUGUCAGCCCCUCUUCUCAUUUUUCCCUCGACUCCACUCACCACUUCAUGGAUCCUGCAUCAUCACCACCACCACACCCAGCCCGACCCUCACCCACUCCCAGCCCCUGAGUAGUUUAGACUGUUGGUGGCUUUCUGCCCUCUAUUACGUUGUAUUAUAAACUUUUAAAAAGAUAGACUCGUUGGAAGAAUUGGUUUGAUUUCCUAGAGGAGUACAGUUGUUAAUGCUUUCGUAGCGAGCAGAGGCGAUGCCACAGUGACAGAAUGUAUGUUAAUUUUACUAAUACCCAGAGGCAAUUAUUACGCUUGUUAAACAUAACGGAAAAAUACUGGUUUGUAGAAUAUAAAUUUGGUGUGUUUUCAAUAAAUCAUGCCUGGAAAGAA